AUGCCUCAGCGUCAAACGCCAACCAACCAAUCGCAUCGAGUAGUCUGCCUAUGUACAUCUUACGAAUGUGGCGAUCAAGAAUACGCGGACGCCAACGGAGUCUACCACCCAGGUGUUGAAGUCCUACCUGAGACACGGGAUGCUCACCAACGUGCCGACUUCCGAAACGAUUAUGUCAAAUCUCCUGACAAUACCACCUCUUACUCACGUCAAGCAUCGAUUGAUUCAGCACAAGAGGACCUUCUUUCGCCAUUGAGACUAUUACAUAUUGCCUCGGCCCCUUCACCAAGUCCUGAUAGUCACCAGUUGGAUGAUCAAAAUCAAACAACCGAAGAUGUGUCCACGCUGGCCCUCCCGGUUGAGUCAUCAACAGAUGAUGUUACCAACCAUUCUCCUCAGCGAUCCGAAUCUAAUCCAGCUAAAACUUGCUCCCAGGCUGUCUUGGCAAAAUCUUCAGGUCACAAGGUUUUUGAUUGCGAUCACUACCAUACGUUUGAGUUGAAGUCGAUGAACCCUCUGAUUCUCCAUGUAGCUCUUACCGCUGCAAUCCUUGACAUCUUUGGCCGGUCUUCCAAUUCAAUAACCUCUUGGAUUCUAGAUAUAAACCAUUACUAUUGA